AUUUAACGCCCCUUUCUCAAUUGCUUUUACUCUUGCUCCUCAUUCCUUUUGACAUUACAUUGCGUUGCCAAUCAAUCAUGACUCAAUCUUCACCUGAAUUGCCUACACCUGGCGCCCCUGGCCCUUUUGGCCAUAAGCUACGCAAGAGCUUUCUCUUUCCUGAGAACUUUACUCAAUUCAAUCAUGGUUCCUUUGGAACAUUCCCAAAGGUUGUUCAGGAUGCAAUGAUUGCUUAUCAUCAACAUGCAGAGAAGGAUCCAGAUCGUUGGAUGCGUCGAGAGCUGAAACCUGCGUUGACAAAGAUCCGUGAAGAGCUUGCAGAGUUGAUUCACUGUGACAAAGAUGACUUGGCCUUGGUGACGAACACUACUGCUGGCGUUAACACCAUCUUGCGCUCGCUUCAAUUUCAACCCGGUGAUAGGAUCCUACAACUCUCGACUGGAUAUAUCUCAGUUGAGAAGACUGUUCGUUAUAUUUCAGAUUCUCAUGAUGAUGUCAAGGUCAUUGAUGUGCCUAUCACCUUCCCACUCACUGGUCAGGAAAUUCUUCAUAAAGUUGAGCAGGCCAUCCUGGCUCAUAAACAGUUAAACGAUGGAUCAAGGAUCCGUUUAGCUAUGGUGGAUUGGAUCUCGAGCGUACCCUCUAUUUUGCAUCCUGUUAAACCUUUAGUCGAAUUGUUGCAGAGUCAUGGUAUUUUGGUCUUUGUCGACGGCGCUCACUCGAUUGGGCAGGUUCAUGUCGAUCUGAAUGAUCUUCACCCAGAUUUCUAUAUUACCAACUGUCACAAGUGGCUCUUCAGUGUCAGAGGGUCUGCUGUCUUAUAUGUCCCCAGGCGCCAUCAACAUUUGAUCCACCCAACAUCUAUCACAGCUGAUUACAAGACUGGUUUCGAGGCCGAAUUCUCUUGGGCAGGUACUCAGGAUUACUCAUCACUCAUGUCAAUUAGCUCCGCCAUUGCCUUUCGUAAGCAAUUUGGCGAAGAUGCCAUCAUUGGAUACACGCAUGCAUUGGCCAUCCAGGGAGGCAAGAUCGUUGCUGAUAUCCUCGGCUCCAAUAGUCUCACUCCUGAUGACCAUCAGGUCGCCAAUAUGGUUAACAUCCGUUUGCCACUUAAUAAUGUCGAUCAUCCCAAGGCCACGGUCCAGUAUUUUAUGGACACUCUCAUGGACCGUUAUAACAUCUACACUCCUACUUUCAAACAUGGUGGUCAAUGGUGGACCCGUGUCUCCGCUCAGAUUUACCUAGAACUCGAUGAUUUUGUUCGUCUGGGUAAUAUUUGGAAAGAGGUCAUUGACGAGCUGAAUACAGAGUGAUCGAUCCAUUAGUCUUAUACUGUUAUUUGUGUUAGUAAAUCUUUAAAAAAAAA